CAAAUAAAUAUUGGGGAAUUGUGAAUUAGUGACAGCAAAGACUAUGACAAACAUGAUAUAAUGGAAGAGCAUUUGCUUAAAAUGUAUUUUUUAGUUUUACGAAUUUAGGACCCGGUUUACAUUAUCAGAAAUUGUGUCGAGUUUCUUUUUGUUGAGGAUUAACUUUUUGACAUUCUUUUUUUGAGAAAUGGCUGGAAAUAGCCAAGAAAAAUUUGAGUGCGAUUUGAAAGCUAACGUGGAGGCUCGUUUUGCAACAAAGGUGCUAUCAAACUUGCAUGAACUUAUGAAAAAUGGGGAGUUUUGUGAUGUCGUUCUUCAUGUUGACAACGACAAUUUCACUGUACACAAGGCAGUGCUGGUUUCGUCAAGUGCUUAUUUUAGAGCCAUGUUUAGUGAUGAUAUGAGUGAAAAACAUCAAGCCGAAGUAAAUAUCAAAGGUGUCACAAGUGAUUCGAUGGCUUUACUUCUCGAUUAUUGUUACACGGGUAAGAUCAUCAUCACGGAUGAGAAUGUCGAGGAUCUACUACAAGCGGCAGACCUUCUUGGUUUUGCUGACGUUAAAGAAACUUGCGCACAUUACCUCAUGGACCAACUGGUGACAGAAAAUUGUCUUGGGAUUUACCAACUGGCUGAAAGAUUCUCAUGUAUGCAACUAAGUCAAAAAGCAGAAUCUUUUAUGAAAAAGAACUUUGCAGCCGUCUCGAAAUAUGGUGAGAUUUUGAGUUUGGAUGCCAUGUGCCUGAAAUCCAUCAUCGAGAGUGAUGAUAUUUGCAUCGACAGCGAAUUUCAAUUAUUGCAAUUCAUUUUUGAAUGGGUUGAGACCGACAUGCAAGCAAGACGGAAGUUGAUAGCAAUUUUGUUGACCGCUGUCAAAUUGUGUUUUAUACCUCCGAAAAAGCUGCGCGAGAUCUCUCGAAGGUCACUUAUCCAGGACGAUUUAGCUUUGCAAAACGUGAUAGAGAAAGCCAUGUUCUGUCAUUGUGAAUGUGCCGGAAUAUCGAUGAGACCAUCUUGCUCUUCUUGGCUGUAUAUUCUCGGCGGUGAAAGGUCUUUUAUGAAGGAGACAAGGUCCAUAGAGUACUUCGAUUGUCAAACCAUAAAAUGGAAAGGUGCUGCGAAGCUGCCAAGCACUCGCGUUUCAUGCGCCGUGGUAGUACUUGACAGGAAGUUGUACGUGAUUGGUGGCAUUCAAAGGAAAACCAAGUUGAACUCUGUUGAAUGUUAUGACAUCUUUCUGGGAAAGUGGAAGAAUGUUGCUCACCUUGUCAUUUGCUGUGGUGAGGUGAAGGCUGCUGCCCUCAACGGGAAUAUUUAUGUUGCUGGAGGGUCGUGUAGCCGUCAAAAUACAUGCAGCUACGUCGAAAAGUACUGCCCUGUGAUAGACAGGUGGACUAAAGUAUCUAAUAUGACGCACAAGAGACGACGGUUUGCCCUUGUACCGCUGGAUGAAAGUCUGUAUGCCGUGGGCGGAUUUGAUGAUGAUCUGGGUUAUAUCUCAUCUGUCGAAAGUUAUUCACCAAAUUCUGACCAAUGGGAGAGCAAAGCCUCGAUGACGUAUCAAAGAUGUGAUUUUGGCGCUGUUCAGUUAUCGAACUACAUUUAUGUUGUCGGUGGAGUUAACGAGUACCAUGGUUCUCUAUCUUCGGUCGAGCGGUACAACCAUGCUACUGACACGUGGGAAACGAUGACGUCCAUGAGUCGACCACGUGGUUGCCUUGCCGUGGCCUUAUAUUGUGGAAAGAUAUUUGCGAUUAAUGGUACGAGCGAGGACAUGUCAGUUGAGAACAGUGUUGAAUGCUACGAUGAAGUAACCAAUUCUUGGAAACUCGUCAAGUCUACCAAUGUUGCCAGAUCUUAUGCAGCUGCAUUCGUUUUAGAUUUCUUGAUCAAAUAACAACAAAAUAGGUCGCAGAUGAGAAAAUAAUCUCCUUAGUUGAAUGGGCACUCCUUCGAAUGUGGCAUCUUGAUGAAACUAGCUCUAGUCUAUAGUUGAUGAAACUAGCUCUAGUCUAUAGUUGAUGUAACUAGCUCUAGUCUAUAGUUGAUGAAACUAGCUCUAGUCUAUAGUUGAUGAAACUAGCUCUAGUCUAUAGUUGAUGAAACUAGCUCUAGUCUAUAGUUGAUGAAACUAGCUCUAGUCUACAGUUGAUGAAACUAGCUCUAGUCUAUAUUUGAUGAAACUAGCUCUAGUCUAUAGUUGAUGAAACUAGCUCUAGUCUAUAGUUGAUGAAACUAGCUCUAGUCUACAGUUGAUGAAACUAGCUCUAGUCUAUAUUUGAUGAAACUAGCUCUAGUCUAUAGUUGAUGAAACUAGCUCUAGUCUAUAGUUGAUGAAACUAGCUCUAGUCUAUAGUUGAUGAAACUAGCUCUAGUCUAUAGUUGAUAAAACUAGCUCUAGUCUAUAGUUGAAAUUAGCUACAUACGUCCUAAUAAUUGCCGAUCAUUGUAAGAUUGUAAGAAUAAACAAGGAACAUACCACGAUUGAUAAUGAUCAUACCGUGCGCAAAAUUAUGGAAAUCUCUUAGUGCAAGUUCUCAGUGAACACUUCGAAUCAAUGAUAAGUGUAUGAAUUAAAUUAUGCGUGCACAUAGUUUAGCAUAUAUGAAAUUUCUUAUUCGUAUGAAUACAUACAGUAGUCAUUUUUAUGAUAUCAUUAUUGUGAGUAAUUUUAGAUUAAACUUCAACAUUGCUUCCUAUGA